AUGGCCCUCAACAGGACCUUCUCCUUCGUUCUCGUCGCAGUCCUUGCCCUCGUCGUCAUGAGCCAGGGUGCCGAGGCCGUGACCCUCCCCGCUUGGUGCACCUGCAGCAACGACCAGACCAAGACCAAGAACGCCUGCGGCGACGCCGGCGCCAACUACGAUGGCGGCUCCUGUGGCUUGGACCAGAUCGGAAAGUACAACGCCUUCCUCUGGAGCUGCCACGACGUGCAGCAUGGAGCCUUCAAGUGCUGGCACUAA